UGCAUGGCCCGCAGCUUUUUUUUCUUCUUCCCAAGCUUGUUGCGAAAACGGAUGUGCCUGCCGUAACAGGCCCAUGUCUGAAAGCCCAGACAGACGGUCACAUCUCAACAGAAAGACAGCUACACUCGGAAGAACAGCAGCAGCAGCAGCAGAUGGAGUGUGAGUGGAAGCCAGACGAGCAGGGACUUCAACAGAUUCUGCAGCUGCUGAAGGAGUCUCAGUCGCCGGAUACGUCCACGCAAAGAUCCGUGCAGCAAAGACUGGAGCAGCUGAACCAGUUCCCAGACUUCAACAACUACCUGAUAUUUGUUUUGACAAAGUUAAAAUCAGAAGAUGAACCGACGCGGUCCCUGAGUGGAUUGAUUCUGAAGAACAAUGUGAAAGCCCACUAUCAGAACUUCCCUAACGGCGUGUCUGAUUUCAUCAAGAGCGAGUGCCUCCAAAACAUCGGAGACUCGUCGCCCCUCAUCCGGGCCACCGUCGGUAUCCUCAUCACCACCAUCGCCUCCAAAGGAGAGCUACAGAACUGGCCCGAGCUGCUGCCUAAACUCUGCCAGCUGCUGGAUUCUGAGGACUACAACACGUGUGAGGGAGCGUUUGGCGCCCUUCAGAAGAUCUGCGAGGACUCCGCUGAGAUCCUGGACAGCGACAUGCUGGAUCGGCCGCUCAACAUCAUGAUCCCCAAGUUCUUACAGUUUUUCAAACACAGCAGUCCUAAGAUCAGGUCUCAUGCCAUCGCCUGCGUCAAUCAGUUCAUCAUCAGCAGGACUCAGGCGCUCAUGCUGCACAUCGACCCGUUCAUCGAGAACCUGUUUGCACUGGCGACAGACGAGGAAUCCGAGGUGAGGAAGAACGUGUGCAGAGCUCUCGUCAUGCUGCUGGAAGUCCGUCUGGACCGUCUGCUGCCGCACAUGCACAACAUCAUAGAGUACAUGCUGCAGAGGACUCAGGACCAGGAUGAAAACGUCGCCUUAGAGGCCUGUGAGUUCUGGCUCACUCUGGCGGAGCAGCCGGUGUGUAAGGAGGUGCUGAGUGGACACCUUUCACAGCUCACUCCGGUGCUCGUCAACGGGAUGAAGUACUCUGAGAUUGACAUCAUCCUGCUCAAGGGAGAUAUCGAGGAAGACGAAGCCAUUCCCGACAACGAGCAAGACAUCCGGCCGCGCUUCCAUCGCUCCCGCACAGUCGCCCAGCAGCACGAGGGCGACGGGAUAGAGGACGAUGACGACGACGACGACGAUCUCGAUGAUGAUGAUGACACUAUGUCAGACUGGAACCUGCGGAAGUGUUCAGCUGCGGCGUUGGACGUGUUGGCGAACGUGUUCAGGGACGAUCUGUUGCUGCACCUCCUGCCGCUCCUCAAAGAGCUGCUCUUCCAUCCGGAGUGGGUGGUCAAAGAGUCCGGCAUCCUGGUGCUGGGGGCCAUAGCUGAAGGCUGCAUGCAGGGUAUGAUCCCGUACCUGCCCGAGCUCAUCCCCCACCUCGUCCAGUGUUUGUCCGAUAAGAAAGCUCUGGUGCGCUCCAUCACCUGCUGGACUCUGAGCCGCUAUGCACACUGGGUAGUCAGCCAGCCACCAGACACCUACCUGAAACCUCUGAUGACGGAGCUGCUCAAACGCAUCCUGGACAGCAACAAGCGGGUGCAGGAGGCCGCUUGCAGUGCCUUUGCCACUUUGGAGGAGGAGGCGUGCACAGAGCUGGUGCCCUACUUAGCCUUCAUCCUGGACACGCUCGUGUUCGCUUUCAGCAAAUACCAGCACAAAAACCUGCUCAUCCUGUACGACGCCAUAGGAACGCUCGCAGACUCAGUGGGUCACCAUCUCAAUAAACCGGAAUACAUCCAGAUGUUGAUGCCCCCGCUGAUCCAGAAGUGGAACCAGCUUAAAGAUGAAGACAAAGACCUCUUCCCUUUAUUAGAAUGUCUGUCGUCUGUAGCCACGGCCCUGCAGAGCGGCUUCCUGCCCUACUGUGAGCCCGUGUACCAACGCUGUGUCAACCUGGUCCAGAAGACUCUCGCUCAAGCCAUGCUUCAUCAGUCCCAGCCGGACCAGUACGAGGCGCCGGACAAAGACUUCAUGAUCGUGGCUCUGGACCUGCUCAGCGGACUCGCAGAGGGUUUAGGGGGCACCAUUGAGCAGCUGGUUGCCCGUAGCAACAUCCUCACCCUCAUGUACCAGUGCAUGCAGGACAAAAUGCCAGAAGUGCGUCAGAGUUCUUUCGCUCUGCUGGGAGAUCUGACCAAAGCUUGUUUCCAACACGUCAAACCGUGCAUCGCUGAUUUCAUGCCCAUACUGGGUACAAAUUUAAACCCAGAACUAAUAUCAGUGUGCAACAAUGCCACAUGGGCCAUCGGAGAGAUUUCUAUACAAAUGGGGCCUGAGAUGCAGCCGUACAUCGCCAUGGUGCUGCACCAGCUGGUGGAGAUCAUAAACAGGCCAAAUACCCCAAAGACUCUCCUGGAGAACACAG